AUGAAGUGGUUAAACCGUUUACUAAUAACAAUAUUUUAUAUUAAACAAAUAUCUAGUCAUGUAGCUGUAAAUCAUAGUGUCGGAAGGUCUCAUUUGUUGCACAGUACCAUUCCCAAUGUAUUUACUACCAAAAAACAACAUUUUACUCCUGCACCUAGACAUACGCGGCCUUAUGCAGGGAGCUGUACCGGUGGUUCUGUGUGUGUUAACUUCAUAAGUUGCCCAGCACAUGUGAGGCUGACAUCAAAAAAAUAUUGUGAGUUGGUUGGAGGAAGCAAAGGCAUUUGUUGCAAGACUGGACAAAAUCACACAGGUAAGACAUUAAAUGAAACCCAAGAACCGUUCAAGGACAAAGGCCGGCACCAUCACCUUAAAAAGUUAGAUUUAGCGGCGUUGAGGGCCGUCAGCAGGAGAACCAGACAUGAACUUGCGGAGCUGCAUUCUAAAGAAGUCCAACUGCUGUUUUCUAGGAGAUCAAUUCUUGAUCCAGGAUCAGCUAGUUAUGGCCACUAUCGUAAUUCUAGGAGGUUUAAUAUGGCAGAUCUAACGGAUGUGACGCACAUGUCCACGAAGGCAAUGGAAAUUGCUCUUGCUACGAAGGCUUUCAAAGAUAGGGAAGGAAUCUCCAAUUUGCAAUUAGAACUGGGAAUGGUGGAUCAAGACUUAAGAGAAACCCCUUUGGGUCACGACUGUUUAGAAAGACCACUUUGCCCAUUGACAUCCGAAAAAUAUCGUAGAAUUGAUGGAGCUUGUAACAACCACCUUUAUCCUACUUGGGGUACACCUUUGUCUCCAUUUUCAAGGCUCUUGCCACCUGAUUAUGAAGAUGGAAUAUGGUCACCUCGACUUUCUCAAUUAAAUGAAGAAGCACUUCCUAGUGCUAGAUUAAUAAGCACAACACUGCUUACGGAGAAGGAUGUUCCAAAUCUCGACUACACUCUUAUGGUAAUGCAGUUUGGGCAGUUCUUGUCUCACGAUAUGUCUCAAACUCUCGACUUUACGUAUGAUAAUGGCAGCGCUAUUUCAUGCUGUGUUCAAGAUGGCGCCGAUGCACUUCCCAUUGAGCAUCGACAUUACGCCUGUAUGCCGAUACAGAUUCCAGGAAACGAUGAAUUUUUUGGUGUGUUUAAUCAGCACUGUAUGAACUUUGUUAGAUCGAUUCUGUCACCUAGGCAGGAUUGCACGCUUGGAUAUGCACAACAGAUGAAUAAAGUUACGCAUUUUAUUGAUGGAUCAGCAAUAUAUGGUUCUACACUUGAGCAAGUGUCAGAACUUAGGAGUUUUGAAGGUGGAAAACUAAAGGUGUUCUACGAUUAUGGAAGAGAAUUGUUACCCCUUACGAAAGAUUCGGAUGCAUGUUUAACAAUGGAAAGAGGAUCUGCGUGUUUCAGUUCCGGCGAUACUCGAACAAAUCAAAUGGUUACACUGGUUGUCAUCCAUACGAUUUUUAUGAGGGAACAUAACCGCAUAGCUAACGUUUUAAAGGAUUUGAAUCGUCACUGGGAUGACGAGACAAUAUUUCUAGAGGCACGUCAAAUUGUUGUUUCAGAGAUACAGGUCAUUGUUUACAAAGAAUUUCUACCAGUAUUGCUAGGUGAUUUGACCAUGGAAGAUUUCGAUUUAUAUCUGAAAAGCGAUUACGAAUAUUCUUUUGAUUAUGAUGAAUAUGUAGAACCUUCUAUUAUUAACGAAUUUUCCACCGCCGCUUAUAGAUUUGGACAUUCAAUGGUAAAUGGAUUGCUUAAAUUGUUUGGACCAAAAAAGGUUGAAGAAGUUAUAUUCAUUCCAGAAGUAAUGUUUUAUCCAGGUCGUAUGAGAAUGCGUACAUUUUUAGAUGAAGUACUGACCACGUUGACUACAGAACCUAUUCAGGAUGUUGAUGAAUCUCUGUCUGCAGCUCUCACCAACUAUUUAUUCCGAGCGGGAAAUCCGUUUGGGGUCGAUUUGGGCGCUGUUAAUAUCCAGCGAGGAAGAGAUCACGGAUUGAGGGCUUACAACGAUUACAGAGAAUUAGUUGGAUUGCCUCGUUACACCUCGUUCGAUGAUUUUGGUCCUGAGAAAGGAGCUAAACUGAGUAAUCUGUAUGCUACAGUAGAUGACAUAGACUUAUGGAUUGGAGGAUUACUUGAGGAGAAAGCUGUUGGAAGCAUCCUAGGGCCAACCUUUAAGGAUAUUAUUGCCGAACAGUUCUCUAGAUUAAAGAAAGGGGAUAGGUAUUUCUUUGAAAAUGCACCUAGCAUCAACCCAGGUCAUUUCUCUACAGAUCAGCUCUUUGAACUUCGGAAAGCCUCGAUGUCACGAUUAAUUUGCGACAACAGCGACGGUAUAUUAUUAGCCCGACAAGCAUCUAAUGCUUUCAGAAAACCAGGUGUGCCGGGGAAUGAAUUUGUGGAUUGUUCUAGCUCAAUGAUCCCAAGGGUGAAUCUAAUUUAUUGGCAAGAAUGA